AUGGCCUCCCCUAGUGUUCUCACCUUUGACGCUGAGGGUCGGGCAGUUGACUUUGAGGUCUGGGUAGAUGAUCUGCAGCUUUUCCUACAGUGCGAUAGGGCAGACGGUCUCUCCCUGUUUGACCUCACUUCUGGUGCCUCUCCUGCCCCUGCUGCUGAUUCUGACGCCACUGCUCGCUCACAGUGGGCCACGCGUGAUGCUGCUGCUCGCCUUGCUGUGCGCCGCCACUUACCAACCACUGAGCGUGCACACUUUAGCCAGUACAAGAGUGCUCAGACCUUGUACGACGCUGUAGUUGCACGCUACUCUUCCCCUGCCACUGCUGCACUGAGCCGCCUCAUGCUACCGUACCUCUUCCCUGACCUUGCUGCCUUUCCCACAGUCGCUGACCUCAUUACGCACCUCCGCACUAGUGACACUUGCUACCGCGCUGCACUUCCUGCUGAGUUCUGCGCCAAGAACCCCCCCCCCAUGUACAUCACCCUCUACUACAUAGUCACCCGGCUCCUUGACUCUCUCCGCGUAGUCAGGGACCACUUCCUCUCAGUUUGCCCCACCACUCUCACCGUUGACCUCCUCGAGAAGGCCCUCCUAGCAGCAGAGAAGAGUAUAGUCGCUGUAGGAGCCUCUCGUGGUGACCCGCGCACCCCCGUCUUUGAGGGGUGUUCUCCCUCCCCCCUCUUGCCCUCUGUUGCCUCUGCUGCUGCGGCCGACCUCGUUGGUUUCGAGGCGCUGGAGGGGCUGGCGGGGGCGGUGGAGGUGGUGGUGGAGGCAGUGGAGGGAAAGGGGGUGGUGGUGGGAGUGGUGCCGGGGGUGGCGGCGGCGGCGGCAGCAGUGGAGGCGGCGGAGGCGGCGGUGGUGGCGGAGGGAGCGGAGGCGGCGGAGGUGGCGGAGGAGGCGGGGGUGGAGGAGGCGGCGGAGGCGGCGGCGGCGGCGGCGGCGGUGGUGGAGCGGGUCGCGACUCUGCGCAGAGGAGUGGCUCCGGUGGUGGUCCGCGCCAGCAGCAGCGGAGUGGUGUGA